CCUUCCACGACUGCGUUUGCUUCCAAACUCUGGUUCUCUGCCAUUAUCUCUCACAGAAAUGAUGUCAACUCCUGCUAUUCUCCACAAACCCACUUUCAAAUCCUUGCUUUUUAGUCCUUUUAAGCUUAAUCAAGCGAAACCCAUCUCGUUCCAUCGGUUUCCUGCUUCAAAAUCUGAUUUUUUUAGUUCAGAGAAUAAAGCUUUGUCAAAGAACAUGACUGAAUUGGUCAGAAUGUCUGCCUUUAGAGGCGGUAAUGGUACUGACAGUGAAGAAAGUACAGGGUUGUUUCAGCAAGAAGCUGUUAUUGAUUGGCUUAACGAGUUUCAAAGUGGGCUGUUGGCUGAUGGACUUGAAGCCACUCUCAACCGCCUGAGCAAAUGGCUUGUAGCUGCUCUAUUCGGUGCUGUCAUUCUUUGGAGGCAUGAUGCAGAAGCCGUGUGGGCUGUCUUGGGGUCAAUUGUAAACUCAAUCCUCUCUGUAAUCCUUAAACGAAUAUUCAACCAAGAGAGACCCGAUUCCACAUUGAGGUCUGACCCUGGGAUGCCAUCUUCUCAUGGACAAUCCAUCUUCUUCACUUUGGUGUUUGCUAUUCUGUCAGUUGUGGAAUGGCUAGGAGUGAAUGGAUUUUCAUUGAUCCUCGGUGCAAUUAUCCUGGCAUUUGGCACAUAUCUUACAUGGUUGCGGGUCUCACAAGGACUUCAUACAAUCAGCCAAGUUGCGGCGGGUGCUGCUGUAGGAUUCAUUUUCUCCAUUUUUUGGUUCUGGUCAUGGGAUGCAUUUGUGCAUGAGGCAUUUAUUUCCUCUCUUUCGGUU